ACCACAAAUGCUAGAAUGGCUCUCCCAUGUUUUGAUGAGCCAGAAUUCAAAGCAGUUUUUACUCUGUCAAUUAUAACUCGAAAAAACCAGACUGUUCUCUCAAAUACGACUUGGCUAAAUGAAAAUAAUGACGAUUUUGUGAUGACUUCAUUCGAACCUACACCUCCCAUGUCGACAAACCUGCUUGCGAUUGUUGUGGGAGAAUACGACUAUAUUGAGGACUUUUCAUCCAGUGGAGUUAAAGUCAGGGUUUAUACUGGCCCCGGAAGGCAAGAGGAGGGUCGAUUUGCUUUGAAAAAAUCCGCAAUGGAGAACUGGGGGUUGGUGAUUUUCCGUGAAACAGCACUUUUGGCCACGGAAGGGAUUUCCUCGACGAAUAUCCUCAACCGAGUGGCCGUCGUUGUAGCCCACGAGAUUGCCCAUACGUGGUUCGGGAAUUUGGUUACAAUGGACUGGUGGACUUAUUUGUGGCUCAACGAGGGAUUUGCCACAUGGAUUUCAUAUUUGUGUGUUGACAAUAUUUUCCCCGAGUACGACAUUUGGUCUCAAUUCCAAAUAAACGAGAUCUCCGUGGCAAUGAAUUUGGAUUCCUUGCAAAGCAGUCACCCAAUCGAGAUCGAAAUUGGAGCUCCUUCAGAGGCAGAUGAGAUAUUUGACAAAAUAUCAUACGCCAAAGGAUCUUCCAUAAUAAGCUAUCUCUACGAGUAUAUUGGCGACACGGUAAAUCACGGAAUUCCGUAG